AUGUUCGUAGAUUCCAAGAAUGUAUCAACAUCCAUCAUUAAAAGUGGACACCAGAACUGGAUGGAGGGUUCCAGCAGCAGUCACUCCAGUGCCAAAGAGAGAGGAAGUUUGAACAUUUCUGAGCUCGAUCGACACACUGAGAACUUCAUGGCAGCUUUCAACCUCACCCUCUCUGACCCUUCAAUAUUCAUCCUAAUGGGCAUCCCUGGCCUGGAAGCUGCCCAUGUCUGGAUUUCCAUCCCUUUUGCAAUGUUCUACCUUUUCGGCCUGUUGGAAAAUUUAAUGCUUCUGUUUGUUGUAAGCAAAGAGCAGACCCUGCACAAGCCGAUGUACCUGCUGCUCUGCAUGCUGGGACUCACAGAGAUCACCAGCUCUACUUCCGUUGUGCCAAAAGCACUGUGCAUAUUUUGGUUCAAUUUGAAAACCAUUACUGUGCGUGGCUGCCUCACCCAGUCGUUCUUCCUUCCCAUGUUUACUGUUAUGCACUCAACCAUCCUCAUGACAAUGGCCUUCGAUCGCUACGUUGCCAUAUGUAACCCUCUGAGAUAUGCCACCAUCCUCACCAAAGGACGAGUAGCUUUGCUAGGGCUUUUAGGUUUGAUCAAAUCCAUUCUCUUCAUUCUGCCUCUGCCCUUGCUCCUGACCAGGCUGCCAUUCUGUGCAAACCGCAUUAUCCCCCACACACAUUGCGAACCUAUAGCUGUGGCAAAGAUCUCAUGUGGGGACAUCACAGUGAACAGCAUAUAUGGCUUGGUGAUACUAUUUCUAGUCAUCGGUUUAGACCUGCCGCUCAUUGCCCUGUCUUAUGGUCUGAUCAUCAAGGCCGUCCUCAGAAUCUCCUCCAACAAAGCCCACCAGAAAGCCCUCAACACCUGCACAGCCCACAUCUGUGUGAUGCUGACGUAUUAUACUCCCAGUCUCUUCUACCACCUAACACAACGUUUUGUUCAGGACAUUCCUCUGCACGUCCACAUCAUCUUUGCUGACCUCUAUCUCCUCAUCCCCCCCGUGCUCAACCCUAUCAUUUAUGGGGUCAAAACCAAAGAGCUUCGUGAGAAAUUGCGCAAAUACACCUGCAGAUGGUGA